GCGUUGUCGAAGAGACGCGCUCAGUAACGCUUCUGGUUUGAUGCCGUGCGGAUGCACGAGCAAGCGCGCGCGAAAGUUUCCUAGAGUCCUGAAGUGGACAAAGUUGAAGUCUGCCAACGCCUUCAAGUUGUCUAGUUUGUGUCCGUACAAACAAAAUCGCCAUGAUGCUCGAUACGAAACAAGCGAUCAGUGUGAAGUGAACGUUCGUAAUGCGAAUUGCCUAACUUCAGGGUGCAUUGCCAGCCAACGGAUCAAGCGUGAUACAGUUCUCGUGAUAAAAAAAAAACAAAAUCCAGCAAUGGCUUACAGUUCGGAGUACACAACGAUCGCCUCGGUAGCGCUACAGCUCGCCACAGCCAACAGUACCGAUGUACUUGCCGGCAAUCAAACACAGAAAGCACCCACGCUGGCCACACCCUGCAUGGUGAUAGUGAUGCUUUCGUACAUUUUCGGCUGCGUUGGGAAUCUGAUUGCCCUCAUCCAUCUGUGGCGCAACGUGCGCAACACAAAACACGCGCUAAUGCUGAAAUGUUUGCUCACGAACGAUCUGAUUGGUUUGAGCGGCAUGUUUGUCCAGAUGUGUUUGCAUCUCUACCUACCGGCCGACGUGAUACAGGCGAACAUGCACAACUUUUGCAUCCUGCGCGUAAUUUGGCGUGUAUUCGGCAUCAGUUCCGGUUGCGUGGCGUUCGUCAUGGCCUUCGAACGCUACAUAGCGCUGGCGAAACCAUUCUUCUAUCAUAAGUACGUGACGGAUAAUCUGAUCCGUAAAUCGAUCUUCAUCCUGUGGGGUAUCGGUGCGUUCAUAACGUUUCUGCCACUGUUUGGGUUUGGCGUGUACUUCGACGAGCGGAAGAAAGCGUGCGUCCGCUAUCGCAGCGCUACCGAACCGAUCGACGUAGCGUAUGCGUAUCUGUUCUUCAGCGUUGGGACACUGCUCUGCGUGGGUAUCGUGAUCUGCAAUCUUAGCGUGAGGAAGGUGCUGUAUCGUUCGCACCGAAAGAUGUGCCGCCAGUUCGGAUCGAUCAAGCCAACGCCGAUGCUGAACCGAUCGAUGAGCCAGACGCCAAAAUCGUCCAGCUUUACCGAUUCCAACAUUAUGCGCAUGUUCAACGAGCCGACGACGGAGGAAAUACGCUUCGCCAAGCUGAUGACCGUUCUCAGUGUGUUCUUUCUCAUCUGCUGGCUUCCGCAGAUGAUCUCAAUCAUCCUGUUGCAACAGCUCAGUGUUGCCAUGCGGCUGAAGCUGUCCUGGGUGUUCCGCGUGUCCGACAUACUGAUACUGGUGCACUUUAUGCUCGAUCCCUACAUUUACGUGCUGCUGAAGAAGAGCCGCCGAAGCGACCUGCGCACCAUGAUCCGGUACAUGUUCAGCCGCAAUCAGCGGUUCAACAUCGUGGAUGCUGCCCUGUCACCGAUGCAAAAGUCGACCAACUCAUCCCCACUUCCGUAGUAGCCGUUUACUGUGGGGAAGCUCCAUCUCGCUCGAUGUGACUGAUCUGUAAGAAUAGUUAGUGUACGAGAGAAUGCAAACAUCGAGAAUAAACAAAUUAUUUCACCAAUGAAAAUGGAA